AUGUUCCAAUUGAUGGGUCAGAGUCAUCAUUCCAGCUGCAAUUAACGAUGCCACCUAAAAUGUCAGAAGAAUUGAAAGGGUUCAUUUUUAUUGGUAUAAUUAGCAUCACUGCUGCUUCCAACAGGCGCAGUGUUGGACUCAAAUCCAGAUAUGAACACGGUUUGAAUCCCAGAUCCCAGCGUUGAGAGCAAAAACAGUCAGCAGUCGGCUCUUUUGUUCCAAAAAGAGAUCCAGUACGCGCGCGCGCGCGUGAGAGAGAUGGUGUGCGCAUGUGUGCGCGUGUGUGUCAGAGAAAGACAGAGCCCUCCACAGAGGCAGUCUUUAGGAUACAGCAGUGUGUGAGGAGGAUAGAGAAGCUGGGAUGCUGACUGACUCCACAUAGAUGGAUACACAAAAAAUGGCGAGAUCGCCUUCGAACCACUAGUUUGUAGCUCUGGAUGUGGGGACAUGUCGUAGCUGCAGCUGGAUAUUUCCUAUUUUUGCUCUUCUGUUCAGUGUGUUUUUUGAAAAAUCCGCCGUUUGUCUCCCACCACGUUGUUCUUUGCUGGAGUAUUUUUUUUUUUUUGGUAGGGGAGGGGGUUUAAAUGGCACCCACACGGCGGCGGCUGCGCCAUGUUCCGUGCUUUCUGGGAGUUCUCCUUAAUGCUUUAAUCGGUGUGGUGUGCGAAGCAGAGCUGGCCUUCACGUUGGAGCCCAGUGACGUCAUCGCUGUGCAGCAGCAGCCUCUCAUGCUCCACUGCCAGGUGGAUGGAAUCCCACCAAUCACCACACAGUGGAGGCACAACGGCCUGCUCAUACCUCAGGAUCAGCAUCACACCACCUUCAUCAAUGGCUCGCUCCUGAUCGCUCACUUCCAGAAGACCAAGUCUGACGGCUCCACUGAUGAGGGCGACUAUGAGUGCAUGGCCCAGAAUUCUUUUGGGCGAGUGGUGAGCCGGAAGGCUCGCAUUCAAGCAGCCACUAUGGCAGACUUCCAUGUCCAGCCAGAGUCGGUGCAUGCUGAGGAGUCGGGCGUCGCUCGAUUCCAGUGUCAGAUUCGUGGUCUGCCAGAGCCUGUCAUCAGCUGGGAGAAAGACAGCCAUCCGGUUGACACUGAAAACGACAGGUACACUCUUCUGCCGACAGGUGUUCUGCAGAUCACAGGACUGCGUGAAGAAGACGGUGGAAAGUAUUGCUGCGUGGCUCACAACAGUGCAGGAGUGAAGCACAGCGCUGAGGCUCUCCUAACCGUUUCAGGCUCCCUGUCAUCUGUUUACAAAGAGCCCACGAUUCUGGUCGGCCCAGAAAACCUAACCCUCACCGUUCACCAGACUGCUAUCUUGGAGUGUGUUGCUACAGGAUAUCCUCGACCUAUUGUGUCCUGGAGCAGACUAGACGGCCGGCCCAUCGGGGUGGAGGGAAUUCAAGUGCUUGGCACGGGGAACCUGAUGAUCUCUGAUGUCGGUGUACAGCACUCAGGAGUCUACGUGUGCGCUGCUAACAAACCCGGGACCCGCGUCCGAAGGACAGCUCAAGGACGUCUGGUUGUCCAAGCUCCCGCUAAGUUCGUUCAGCCUCCGCAGUCAGUUUCGCGACCGGUCGGCACAACCGCCAUCUUCACUUGCCAAGCUCAAGGUGAGCCUGAGCCGCAGCUCACCUGGUUGAAGAAUGGGCAGGUCCUGGAGCCAGGAGGACAUGUCAGACUCAGGAACAACAACAGCACCCUGACCAUACACAGCAUCAGCCGCGACGAUGAGGCCAUCUACCAGUGCAUUGCCGAGAACAGUGCGGGUUCCACUCAGGCCAGCGCACGCCUCACUGUGCUGUGGGCUGAUGGACUUCCUGGUGUUCCCACCCAUGUCCAAGCUGACGCCCUCUCACCCACCACCAUCCAGGUUUCCUGGAAAGAGCCGGAGCAGAACACUCAGGACAUCAUUGGAUACGUGCUUCACAUCCGCAGAACCUCAGACCCGCAGGAGAUGGAGUACGAGGAAGCCGUUAGUAAGACCACACUGCAGCAGGUCAUCCGCGACCUGGAACCCUCUACUAGUUACACCUUCUAUGUAAAGGCCUACACCUCCCACGGAGCCAGCAAGCCAUCAGAAAGUGUUACUGAGAGCACUCACGGAGAGGUGCCAGCUCCUCCUUCGCUCUUCACUAAAGUGUUGAACAGCAGCGCUGUGCAGGUCACGUGGGAAGCUUCCUCCAAGAUGGGCCAACAUGAGGGCUUCAGAUUGUACUACAGGAGAGCGCACACACCACUUUUCACCGGCCCCAUCAUCUUUCCACGCAAUGUCACUCAGUUCAACGUCACUCAACUGGACUCUUCGCUGGUCUAUGAGAUAAAGCUGCUUGCAUACAACCAACAUGGAGAUGGGAAUGCCACCGUGAGAUUCGUCUCCCUCCGGGAGGCACUGGAGAAAUCUGUGCUGGACGGCUCGUGUAACUGUGCAAAAGACGAACACGGCAAAUCAUCAACUACAGGGAUCAUCAUCGGAAUUCACAUUGGAGUGACCUGCAUUAUCUUCUGCGUGCUCUUCCUCGUCUUCAGCUACCGCGGCAGGCUAAUGAUGUGUAAGACAGUUCAAGCCACCCCCCAGGCAGGGCACAGUGUAGUGCUGGAGUCCUCCUACUCCUCUCAAGGGCCCUCUGGGCUCAACGGGGCUGCCAGGAGAGAUAGGGAGGUCAACGGCUGCGCCGCGGGGAAGAAAGCGGUCCACGGCGAGCUGGAGAGACUUUUCUCUCAACCUGAUGCACGAGAUGCAUGCAUGUCCAACUCCUUCAUGCUGAACGACACCCAGCUGUCCACCAUACCGCUGGAUGAGGCUAAAAUGGAGAGUGAGACUCAGUUCCAGGCGCAUUCUGCAGCAGAAGCGGCUCAGCACGUCCAAGGCUAACCAUGUAUGAAGGCCCUUUUAUGGGAUGCUUUCUAGUGUCCACUUAGACUUUUCUCUCACUCAGGUUGAUAAGUGUUUCUUUUUCAGAAAAUAGUUUUUCCUUUUGUGCCAAGUUUUUUUUCCCCCCCUUCUUUCGCUCUUUAAGUGGUUUGUUCUGAGGUCUUCAGAAAUCAAGGACUGUGAAUGCGGUCAGGCAGUUUUUAGCUAGAUGGACCACUUUAAAUCUCUUUUGUAAAUUUUCUGGUAUUUGGCAGCACAGAGAAGAGAGACCCCUCCCCCAAAUGUCCUUGUUAUACAAUGACUUUAUUUUUAAGUUUAUAUCUAUAUAACUAUAUAUCUAUAUAUAAAUAUAAAUACACACAUAUCUUUAUUGUCUUUAUGUCGAACCAGUCAUAAGUUAUUGGUCGUAUCUCUGCUCACAUCUCUGUGGAUGUCAAAGAUUCCUGCUGCCUGUUCUCUCCCACCGAUGAUUCCACCUUCUUACUCACAGAAGACCUCAGCUUUCUUCCAGGGAUUCAAUAUAUUCUGUCUCAGGACUUUAUUUCAUUGAUAUCAACAUUUUUUAUCAGUUCUUGGCCUUCAUACAGGUGCUAGACUUGGGUGUGUGAACCUUACAAUUACACGAAAACCUACCUCAGCCGGAAUGAAUGUGUUGUGGGAAGCUUUUAGGGACUGGAUCUUCCCCGUUGUUCACAAUACUUUAGAUACGGAGGGAACUGAUUAGAAGGAAAAACCACAGGAUCAGGUGCCGCUCUACCUCAGAUGUCAAGAAGCGUCGUCCCCCUCUCCAGCGUAUGGACGUGAAACAGGAAAAUGAGCAUCCAACAUGAAGCACUUCCAAAUGCUGAAAUGAAUGUUCUACCUCAAGAUAACAAUGUAAAUGUUGUCACUGUUGUUGUUGUUGUUAGUUUGUUUAUUGCAUAACGAGAACCGUUUUCCUUUGCCCCUUUGGUAAAGUCGUGUCUUUCCUCUGUUGUAAUUUUUGCAGAGUUGUCAGUACCUCAUGCAAGCUGACAGACUGAUAACAUGAUACACAGUAUGCUGAGAAAGUGUUGAUCAUGUUUGACGUUUUCUUCCAGAAUGUUAUUUAGAAUAUAUUUUUGUUAUUGUUAUUUUUAUGUAUAUAUUUUUCCCCACUGGUAGCUGAUUUAGCUCAAUGACAAGAGAUACACUGCGUUUUGAUCUACAUCUCGAGGAAUCUUUACACUGAAAGGAAAUAUUGCAUAAACAAACUCUGUCAAAACACCAAUUUACACACAAGCUGGGGUUCAUAUGAGGACAUUUGUACGUCUUUGUUGUGGCAUUUUACCACUGAAAGAAAACUGAAGGAAUGGUUCAUUAUUUUGAUAAUCUGAAUUUUUUCUAUUUUUUUAGGUGUUAAAUCAGUUCAAUCAUGGCAUCUUCUUUCGUCUACCGUGAAAUCAUUUAAAUGUUAUUUUCUCAUCUUAACUUUGCCAACCAAAAGGCAGAAAUAAAACAACACUUACAUUUAGUUUUGAUCAGAAAUUUGGACAAAUAAGACACAGUCAAUUGAAAAUUCUGUUUGUGCAUUUUGAUUUAUUAGCGUAAAAGGGAAGCCUGGUGUUAUUUGCUUGUCAAAAAACAGGAAAAUCAACCAAAACCAUGAGAAACUAAAUUUUUUAUUGAAAUGUUUGACUAAUUAAAAGCAGGAUCCUGUUAUUCUGUGAUCACCAGAGUGAUCAAUUGUUCCUUUAGUGGCACAGAAAUAAGAAUACUUUAUAGACGAGAUGUUGUCAUUAAGAAACAGUUGGAAAAUUGUGUAACUUCAAUUGACAGCAGUGUAACUCUUGGCUUUUUCUAAAUGUCUUUUUUCUGCAGUCCUUUUGUUUUUACAUCACAUUGCAUGCCUCCUUUUAACCGAAGCAGUAGCCUUUGAAACAUCUGGUGUCGUGUAGAUGAGACAGCCUCUGACCUUAUCUGCUGGUAUUCUUCCCAAAACCACACGAGCUGCUCAGCCUCCUGCCUGCUGUCAGGGUUUCAGGAACAUCAACCUCUUCCUGUUACACACUGAUCACCACACCCGCGCGCACACACAUACGUCUGGCUGGGGGGAAUGCAUGGUUGUUGGGUGUUCACACAAUCUGCGUCGCCACAUCCUGCACAGGACUUUCUUUGAUGCAUCAUGGUUAUCUACCUCAACCCUGUUUCAGGCCUUCUUCUCAGGUCUUCAUGAAGGAAACUCAACACUAUGUUAAAAUACACACAGACUGUGUGAUACAAAAUGUGAAGUGCUUGCAGUAAUAGGAACACAAUGGACCGUUAAUUUUCUAGAAAAAUGAAGGAAGAAGUUUUUAGGACUUUAAUGCCAUGCACUAGUUAAACACUUAGUGCUUCAUUUAUUCUGAAACUGAAGUUUAAUUUCUUUUCGAAUCACAAAUUUAAGAUUUGUGAUUUCUCAUACAGCUGGAGAAAAAUGCAUUUUGGGAACAAUUUUUCUUAUAUUGGAUUCAUUGUAACCCUUGUGCUAUCUUAGAUGACCCCACCCUUACUUUGACGUGUUCU